CGUUCACAUGACCUGCCCUGGCGUUCUCGGCCUGCCGCGUUUCUCUUGCUUGGAGUGACACGUCAGAUCUUGCGGCGCGUGCACGGGAACCGGCCUGUUCCAACCCCCGUCGGGGCGGGGGAGAGGCGUGUGCGGACUAUGAGUACGGUGCUGACAGACGUGAUAAUUCUGGAAACUACGGACAUACUCUUUAGAAUAAGAGGAGGCCUGGAUCUUGCAUUUCAGCUGGAUACUUCUGAUGAGACUUCGGCGAAAAAGGCAGUAAAAUACAUUUUCAGUGAUCUGUCGACCAAACUGUCUUCAAAUGUGCUGGUAUUAAGAAUUUGCCAUAGUUCAGUGUAUGUAUGGCCUAACAGCAGUAUGAACACAGUUCCAUCAGAACUGACUGAUAAUUCUGUUUGUAAGGAGAUAAUACGAUUUAUUCAAUUUGACCAAGAAGAUGAGAGUAAAAGAAAACUUGCAAAAAAGAAGGAUAAAAAGUUCCAAGAUACGCAGCAGAUAGUAAAUGUAGACCUUAUGUUGGAAAUGACAUCUCCUUUGGCAGCUGUAGCCCCAGUCAUUGAAAGGGAAAACAAGAGACACCACUAUGUUAACAUGACCUUACCAAUUGAUGUUGUUGUAUCUGUUUCUCCAGAAGAGCCAUGGAGGAAUGUACGAAAUCUCCUGGUGAAUGCAAUUCAUAAGCAACUGUCUGAUAUGGAAAGAUGCAUUUUGAAAUAUAUGAAGGGAACAUCUAUUGUGGUACCUGAACAAUUUCACUUCAUGCUACCAGGAAAAAAACACCUUGUAACAAUUUCGUAUCCUACAGGCAUUGUAGAUAAUCAGCUAGAGACUUACAGAAAGGAAUUACAUGAACUGUUCCAUCUGCCCUCUGAUAGACCAUAUUUAAGAAGAGCGAAUGCUUAUCGCUUUCCAGAUGAACCAUAUAAAGAUGGAUAUCUCAGAAAUCCACACAUAUUUCUCAAUCCACCUGGCAUAGAGGCCGGCAUGGUGUAUUUGGUACAUGGUGUAUAUAGUUAUCAUCACUAUAUGCAGGAUCGGAUAGAUGAUAAUGGCUGGGGAUGUGCCUACCGGUCUCUGCAGACUAUCUGUUCAUGGUUCAAACAUCAGGGUUACACAGAGAAAUCUAUACCUACACACAAGGAGAUUCAACAGGCACUUGUUGAUGUUGAAGACAAACCAGCUGCAUUUGUUGGGUCGCGGCAGUGGAUUGGCUCUAUUGAGGUACAACUUGUAUUGAACCGGUUAUUAGGAAUAACUUCAAAAAUACUGUUUGUCAGCCAGGGUUCUGAGCUAGCUUCUCAGGGAAGAGAACUUGCUAAUCAUUUCAAGACUGAAGGAACUCCAGUUAUGAUUGGUGGAGGUGUUCUGGCUCACACAAUACUAGGAGUGGCAUGGAAUGAGGUUACAGGACACAUUAAAUUUCUUAUUCUAGACCCACAUUACACUGGUGCAGAAGAUCUGCAUGUUAUCUUGGAAAAGGGUUGGUGUGGAUGGAAGGGCCCAGACUUUUGGAGCAAAGAUGCUUAUUACAACCUCUGCCUACCUCAACGACCAAAAACUAUUUAAAUUCCAAUUGCAAAAAAUCAUGUUAAUCCAGAAUUUAAGACUUGAUAUAG